GCCUGACAGCAGGACAGAAAUCCAGAAAUCUUACUGGCGAAAACCCAAUCACGAAACACAGCGCCAGUAUUAUCAGGACUUGAGAGGAAGUUGAAUCAAGAUUUCCAGGCAAUAUCUAUGGCAGCCGCCGUGCCCAAGGAUCCCAAGCAGAAAGAAAUGGCGGGGAUUUUAUUAGGCCGAUACGAUAUUGGGAAACUCCUCGGCCACGGGACGUUUGCCAAAGUGUACCAUGCGAGGAACGUGAGGACGGGGGAAAGUGUGGCGAUUAAGGUGAUUGAUAAAGAGAAAAUCUUGAAAGUGGGUUUGAAAGCCCACAUCAAACGGGAGAUCUCCAUUUUGAGGAGAGUUCGUCAUCCAAACAUUGUGCAAUUGUUUGAAGUUAUGGCGUCCAAGUCUAAAAUCUUCUUUGUUAUGGAGUAUGUGAAGGGCGGUGAGCUAUUCAACAAGGUGGCCAAGGGCCGGCUUAAGGAGGAAGAUGCCAGGACGUACUUCCAGCAAUUGGUUUCCGCGGUGGCCUUCUGCCACGCGCGCGGCGUGUACCACCGUGAUUUGAAACCUGAAAAUAUAUUGCUUGAUGAAGAUGGGAACGUUAAAGUGUCCGAUUUUGGGUUGAGUGCUAUAUCUGAGCAGAUUAAGCAAGAUGGGCUUUUUCAUACCUUUUGUGGGACUCCGGCGUACGUGUCGCCGGAGGUGCUGGCAAGAAAAGGGUAUGAUGCGGCGAAGGUUGAUAUUUGGAGCUGUGGGGUGAUACUAUUUGUUUUGAUGGCUGGCUACUUGCCGUUUCACGAUCAGAACAUCAUGGCCAUGUAUAAGAAAAUUAAUAAAGGCGAAUUUAGAUGUCCAAGGUGGUUUUCGCCUGAAUUGAUUGAACUUUUGACUCGAUUGCUCGACACGAAUCCUGAAACCCGGAUCACAAUUCCGGAGAUCAUGGAUAAUAAAUGGUUUAAGAAGGGGUUUAAGCAUGUGAAAUUCUACAUUGAGGAUGAUAAAUUAUGUAGUUUUGAUGGUUGUGAGAAUGAUGAUAUUGAUUCUUUAUCUUCUGAAUCGGUGUCUGAGUCGGAGUCUGAGGUGGAGACCAGAAGAAAGGUCACCAGUCUUGCUAGGCCUGCUAGCUUGAAUGCCUUUGAUAUCAUUUCGUUUUCGCGUGGUUUUGAUUUGUCCGGGUUGUUUGAGGAAGGAUCAGAUGAAGGAGCGAGAUUUGUUUCAGGGGCUCCAGUUUCAACAAUCAUAUCAAAGUUGGAGGAAAUUGCCAAGGUAGUGCGUUUUGCGGUGAGGAAAAAGGAUUGUAGAGUAAGUUUGGAGGGACCUAGGGAUGGUGCUAAGGGACCUUUGACGAUUGCAGCCGAAAUAUUUGAAUUAACACCGUCUUUGAGAGUGGUUGAGGUUAAGAAAAAAGGAGGAGAUAGAAGAGAAUACGAAGAGUUCUGUAAAAGUGAAUUGAAGCCUGGUCUUACAAGCCUUAUGAUGGAAAAUGUUGCAAAUUCUUCUUACUUGCCUUCGGACACCGAAUAGAUAGAGAAAGAAGAGAAAAGAUAACAUUCCAUGUUUUCCUUGUUUCUUGUAGAUUCCAUAUGAUGUUUACUCCCGCUGCAGAUAAUAGUACCUCUGAUUGCUGUGCUAGUGAGAUGAAAGGUUGACUGCUUCUUCAGUCUGUUGUUAAUUUUCUUUAUUAAGGAACGUGCUGUAAAACCAAUGAAUACACGAAUAUACUAUAUGCCGUUGGCUACUUGAUGAA